AUGGCUCGCCACGCGAUGAGGACCGGGAUCAAGUACCGCGAGCCGCCGGCGAUCGUCGGGAAGACGAUGAAGCCGAAGCGGAAGUCGAAGCAACGCUCCACCAUCAGCGGCCUCUCCCAGAUGUCGACCGCCUCGCCUUUCACCCCGAGGCCGACGGCCUCGACCUACUCGGCGCUGUCCCGGCUCUCCACCGCCAAUGCUUUCGAUCCGAAAAGCCGCCGA